AAGACUACAUACAGUAUCUGUCAUGUCUGGACGCGGCAAAGGAGGCAAGGGUCUCGGAAAGGGAGGCGCCAAGCGGCACCGUAAGGUUCUUCGCGACAACAUCCAGGGCAUCACCAAGCCCGCCAUCCGUCGUCUGGCUCGCCGUGGCGGUGUCAAGCGCAUCUCCGGCCUCAUCUACGAGGAGACCCGAGGCGUUCUCAAGGUCUUCCUGGAAAACGUCAUUCGUGACGCUGUGACGUACACCGAACACGCCAAACGCAAGACGGUCACUGCCAUGGACGUUGUCUACGCUCUCAAACGCCAGGGCCGCACCCUGUACGGCUUCGGCGGCUAAAGGACCUGACGGACUCAUCAUCGCAAGCAAACCCCGGCCCUUUUCAGGGCCACCCAAA